CCAAUAAUCCAUUAGGGUAUAAGCAAGAACCCUAAAACCUGAGAAGGAGCACGAUCCAGAUCAUCCAAAUCAUUGGCAAAAGCUUUUGUUUAAAGACUAAAAUGGGUUGGAAAGCAGCUGAGAAGCUCAUCAGGCACUGGAAAAUUCUCAGGGGUGACAAUGUGAUGAUAAUCAGGGGCAAAGAUAAAGGUGAAUCUGGCACCAUCAAACGCGUUAUUCGCUCUCAGAAUCGUGUUAUUGUCGAAGGGAAAAAUCUGGUGAAAAAGCACAUUAAGCAAGGACAAGGUCAUGAAGGUGGUAUAUUUACUGUUGAAGCUCCACUCCAUGCAUCAAAUGUUCAAGUUCUUGACCCUAUUACUGGGCGGCCUUGUAAGGUUGGAGUUAAAUAUCUUGAAGAUGGAACUAAGGUGAGAGUUUCUAGAGGUGUAGGAGCAUCCGGUUCUAUAAUUCCUCGCCCUGAGAUCUUGAAGAUAAGGACAACACCAAGACCUACAGUUGCCGGUCCCAAGGAUACUCCAAUGGAUCUCGUGUUGGAGAAGACAUACGAUCCUAAGAGUGGGAAGGGCAUGCCUGAUCUUUAGACAUAUUUCGAUCAUGUGGCUGGCAUCAAGCAUAUUGAG